CUGCUCCAGUGUUUGGCGGCGAAUGCCGCCACCGUGCCCGAACAGCAGUCCGUUUGGCGGCAACAUGUGAGCUCUCGUCCUCGGUCUCCAGAGGCCCAUAGCAUGUGGCACCGUCUCCCGCGGGCUACAGAAGACCGUGAUCUGUGAUGGCUGUCUCUUGCAAGCCCCAGAGGGCCACAAGAUGUGACGCCUCUCUUCUCGAAGUCCCAGGUGGGGGUCGCAACGUGUGACAGCCGUGUUCCACGCGGCUCAGGGGGCCGUGCUGCAUCACACCAGGGGCGGGGGGGGCGCCCAAGAGCUUGCCAGAGGGCUCUAUUCGUUGUGAGGUCCUUCGUGGGAGCCUCAGCCAGUCCCAGCAUUCCUUGCGGCUUGGUCCGCCAACCCAUCUUGGCUCGAGCCCUCCUGGCGCAAGGCCCGUCUCCGCUGGACCCACUCGCUUGCGCGGCAGACCGUUCGUCCGUGGGCCGCACGCGGCUCUGCCCCCUGUGCGCGCAUGUCCAAGGCCGCGACGAAGACGAGCACGGCGGCGAGGGUGACCGUCUUGACCAGCCUCCCGGUCUCCCUCGCGUGGCGCUCCGCCGGCUUCCGCUGGGCGCAGGACGACAUGCCGGCAGAGUUCUCCCGCAUCGCGCCGCUGCUGCUCGGCUCGCUGCUGCUCUGCGUUGUGCUUCUCUUCCUCCUCCUCGCGGUGCACGGCCGCGCGGAGGCCCGCAAGGUAUGCAACAGGAGGUAUGCCAGCGCCGCCCUUCCGGGAGUCUUUUCCGCGUUGACCUUCGUGCUUGAAAACUUCGCGCUCGCGAACGGCCUCAGCGCGACCCUGGUGGUUCUGCUCAACAAGUGCGCGAUUCUGCCGGGCGUCCUCGGGGAGAUCUGGUUGACGCGGACCACGCCGUACCGCACGCAGCUCCUCACCAUGGCGGCUUUGCUCUUGUGCAUCAUCGUCUACUCUCUCGGUGGCGAGGGCGAAAUUAACAUGUCGCUGGUCGGGUUGCUCUUGGGCCUUGGUGCAGCCCUCUCAGAUGGAGUCGGCGACAUCGCCUUUGAGGCCACGGCGAAGUCCUGCCUCGACGACCUGGAGGAGGAUUCGGGUGCCGAGACGCUCAGGUGCUUCCUCGUGAACGAGCUGUACAAGUCCGUGUUCAACAUCAUCUUGAUGCUCGUGUUCGAGCACAAGUACUUGUCGCGAGGUCUUUUCCAUGGCUGGGGCCUCCCCAUGCUCGUCGGCGGUGUCAUGUCGCUCCCCGUGAUGGUCGCGCUUUACAACACGGCCAUCUUGACGGCCGGCAACUUGAAGACCAGGAUCGCUGCGUCCGCCGAUAUCGGCAUCGCCUAUGUGAUGGAUGCGAUUAUCUUCGGUGACACGGUCAGGAUCUCCCAGUGCCUGUUGAUCCUCGCCAUCAUCGCCCUGAUCGGCGUCUACACCCAGUUCGCCGUCGACGUGCAGAAGGCCGCCGCAGACGCCCCCAUCAGGUCGGAGAAGCCAGACGCAGAUAUUGUGUACGUAGUGUAAAAAGUUGUUCGCGGCCCCUCAUCGGGGGAGCUCUGCGUCUCGGCCAAGGCUGGCGACCGCAGUAGUAGCAGUAGUCGUGCUGCCUACGGGCGAUGGAACUCUUGGCGGUAAUUUCGGACGAGCAAGGGGUCAUGAUAAUGAUACUUUCCCAGAUUUCCAGGAUGUCCACUUUUUCUUGAUGUUUCUCGGGGCUGCAGAAUCGAGGACCACUAGGUUCGCUGGAAAUCCUGGAACGUAUCCUGAACCAGUCCUAUCAUGACAUCGUCCUCGCCUUAGUAUUGGACUACCACCGCGGCUAGGGUUGUUGGACGACCACCGCGGCUAGUCUUGACGCCAUUGUUACUACGAUGGCAGUCGGCACUACAACUGAGCAAGUGCACGCAUCGGGCCGAAGCGAUACCAACCGUGGCCAAAUGCUUUACCGACAUGCAUACAAAUCAGCGAUGCCAAUCUGACGCUUCGAAGCUGCGGCCAACCUGCUACUAUCUAAAGGCUGCCGCCUCUGCCGCCGACCCCAAAGGAGGUUCCCCGUACAGUUGAAUUCAUGGCUUGGGAACUUUCUCAAGCAGGGGUCAAGGGGUUGCCUUCCUG